CAAGAAUAAGAUGUUUAAAUAAAUAGAGUAUAACAGUGUUGUCGUAGUGAUACAGUUUAUAGACUAGGCUACGUUAUUAUGGGAUUUACCUCCUUGCACUUUUUGAUAUUUCCGACAGUACCCUGAAGGCAGCACUUCUUGGCCGUUCCCCAGCCAUCUCCUCUCCAAUCCGACCGGCAGCUACGGCAGGGAGCCCCGGAUACUGAGCCAAAAACGCGGCCUGGCAUGAGCAGACAGACCGACACUGGAAGAUGAUGUGGAGCGUUGUGCUGCUGCUGGCUGCUGCCCUCCCUGUGGAGUCCUAUACUGUUGUAGACCUCCAUGAGCGUUUGGCCCAUGGUCGCCAGCUGAAGAUCUACCUGCCCAAGAGUGUGGACACGCUGGACUUCAUCCCCGCUAAUGAACCUGGAAAGACCUACACCUACUGGGAGAGGGGUAGACUGAGAAUGUCCAAAGGCAGAGUGUCUGGCACCGGCACCGACAGACGCUGGUACAUCGACAAGGUGACCUACGAGGACCAGGGGACAUACAUCCAGAAAGACUAUUGGAACAAAGAGAUUUCCACUGUCAAAGUUGCCGUCACACCCAGACACAACUAUGUGAAGCGUGUAGCAGGAGAGAGUCUGGACAUCUCACUGGAGGGCAUCGACCUGGCCGACGCUGUCCUCUCCUUCUCUGGGGAGGCUGCCAACGUCACGCUGGUGCGUGAUGGUGCUCGGGUGUCCCAGGACCUUCCGGAUUAUUGGGACCGGGUUAAGACCCACUCCAUGAACAUCGAGAUCAAGAAUGUUAACACCAGCGAUGUGGGCCAUUACACCCUAAGAGACCGCAGGAACCGGGUGGUGUCGAUUACCAGGAUGGACCUGACAGACCACCAUGAGUACACAGCGGGAAACCCUCUCAUGGCUCUGCUCUUACUGCUGGGCAUCCCAGCUGGGAUCUGCUGCUGCUGUCGGAAGAAGAUUUUCAGGAAGCAAGCCGCCACCGCUGUAACGCUACAGGCCACCCCAUACACAGUCCACCCUCCUCCCAGCGGUCCUGUUGGACCGUGUCCUCCCUACAGCAGCCCCGGGACCCCAGGAGUGGUGUACUACCACGGCACUGACCCCAACAUGGGUCCUACGGUGCACCCCCCACCUCAGCCCACUGGCCCAGGACAGUGGAGCGGCCCCCCACCCUCCCCAGGUUUUAACCCGGCCUACCCAACCCAGAACCCGGCCUACCCACCCCAGAACCCGGCCUACCCUCCUGCUGCUGGAGCUAUGAUCCCCCCUGACCAGCCUCCACAAUGGAACGGUCCACCACCAGGCCAGUACCCCACCGGACCUGUAGCGCCGAUGGGUUAUGCUCCAGUUGUGCAUAGCGCUCCUCCAGCAACAGCCGUUGAACCUGUUCAUCAGAACGUCAAGAUGGAGAGUAUGCUUUCCUCACCUGCUGACCCCCUGCUGACUGCCACACCACAGGCUGGAGCAGCAUCCUGUCCGGUAGCUCCGGGGUCCGACAUCCUCAGCUCCUCUGAUGGUGCCUACCAGUUCAACAUCGACGGAGGCAAAAACUCCAGCAGCUUCUUGUAGGGAUGCUGACUGGUGGAGCAGCGCCCUCGCUGUCCUGCUGCAGUUGGAAACAGCGGACAGCAUUUGGACAGUAGAUUAUAUUCUUUAAUGUGGUAAUGUGGUAUUAGGCUAAAUAAGCAAAUAUGUAUGGAAUGAAAUCUACUGGCUCAGACAGCUGAGGUGUUGCAGGAGGAGUCAAUUAUUUUGGGGAUCCAAUUUCCAGAGACAAUGAAAGGUGUUUUCUUCAAGUUUUAGCAUGUGGAAUAGAAUUGUAACAUCAACACCAUAAGUACAUCCUAAAAACAGGGCUGGGUUCAGUUUACCAAA